UACCGUGUUGAUUGAUGACUAUCCUGCUUGGAGCUCCUUUACCUGGAAAUCAUCACCUUCGAUAUUACCAGCUUCUCUUGUAGGACAGACUUGCUGCCGGUGGAUACAGCUCUAGGCCACAAUACAGCACCAUGGAGUACGAUACAGCAAUCGUGAAAGCCCCGCCAACGGUAGACAAAAGCUCUGCUGAAAAGACCGACGUCGAAUCUGCUCGAGGACAUCUUCGGGCAAAGUCAGAAAAUGUCGACGUGUCGGUCCUCAAUGAACCCAUCACAUUCGCAUUCUCUGGCCGAACAGCAAAGAACAGAUUCCUCAAGGCUCCAAUGACAGAGAGAUUGUGCCACUGGAACAAAGAGGGUGAAGACAUCUCUGCCAGGGGUGUGCCCAGCCCUGAAUAUAUCAACCUGUACAAGCGCUGGGGAGAAGGCGAGAUCGGCGUCAUCGUCAGCGGAAACACAAUGGUUCGUUAUGACGCUGUCGAGGCUUUUGGAAACCCGAUCCUUGUUGACGACCACGACGGGCGGGUAGCCAAGUUCAGGGAGGUGACAGAUGCUGCCAAAGCUCAUGGCUCGCUUAUCGUUGCGCAGCUGUCACAUCCAGGACGACAGGGCACCAGGUACUUGAAUCCAAACCCUAUCAGUGCGAGUGAUGUCCAUUUGGCUAUCAAAUGGGCAGGCAACGAGUUCAAUAAACCCAGACCCAUGACAAUCCCGGAGAUUAAACAGAUGGUCAAAUACUGGGGUGAGAGCGCCUAUUUGUGCUACAAGGCUGGGUUUGACGGCGUGCAAGUACAUUGUGCACACGGCUACCUCCUGGCGCAAUUUCUCAGCCUGUCAACGAACAAACGUACCGACGAGUAUGGAGGAGACUUGAACAACAGAUCCCGGAUCGUGUUCGAGAUAAUCGAAGAGAUCCACCGGCGCGUGCCUGAUCCGUCGUUCAUCAUCUGCGUGAAGCUCAACUCCGUCGAGUUCCAAGACAAGGGCACAACGCCCGAGGAUGCGCGAGACAUGUGUCUCAAGUUCGAAGAAGCGGGCGUAGACUUUGUCGAUCUUUCAGGUGGGACAUUUGAAGCUCGAGCGUUUGAACAUAAGAAAGAAAGCACGAUUAAACGGGAGGCGUACUUCAUUGAGUUUGCCGAAAUGAUUCGACCUUUGUUGAAGAAGACCAAGAUCUAUGUUACAGGUGGAUUUCGGACGGCGUCAGGGAUGGUCAAGGCUGUUUCAGAGGGAUCAUUGGAUGGGAUCGGUAUAGGAAGACCACUUGCAGCAGAACCAUAUCUAUGCAAGGAUUUGUUGGAGGGCAAGAUCACGGGAGCAAUUGAGAAUCUCGUGCCCCUGCCUUUGAACACACAGUCCAGUGGCACGCAACUGCAUCAGAUCGGGCAAGGGGAUGAUCUGAUCAGUGACUGGAGUGUGGAGACCGAGGUCAAGAGAUGGGUGGAGGCGCAUGAGAAGGACACGGAAAGGAAACUCAGCAUCUUGCCCAAGGUGGAUAGUUCGGGUUUCGCGCCUCUAAAGGCUGAGGCUGGGUUUGCCUAUCUGCAAUCUUGAAAUGCGCCGCUAAGAGAAAUUUGUCCCGGGCGGACACAAAACAACCCGUAAACACGGCAAGCAUAGAACAGUAGUUGCGGUAGGGGCUUUCGUCUUUUCGUGGCUGCUGAAUUUUGUAUCAUUUCAUGUUCCGGCUCUGAUCUGUCUGAAGGGCCACUGCUACCUCAAAGCAAUUUCUGACGCCGGUAGCAUCUUUCCUCGAAACCGUCCCUGUAGCAAGUAUGCAUAUGCUUCGC